GCGGGGCGUCCAUCUGUGGCGGACGUGGGCACCCCAGGUUCGAGUCUCGCCAAGGUGGGGCCUUCCGGGACUGGGCUGUGGCGCACCGGGUUAAAUUCUCAUAGCACAAUACUCAAGCAACCGGGUUUGAGUCCCCGCUCCUCACCUACGGGUGGGUGGGAGAGGGAAAGCUUCAUGAGCGAUGAUGCAGGUCUGCAGGUGUGAUCAGCACUGGAAAAGAUGCCAGCUCCAGCUACCACGUAUGAGAGAGUAGUUUACAGAAAUCCUUCUGAGCACCACUACAUGAAAGUAUGCCUAGAAUUUCAAGAUGGUGCAAUUGCACUGAAUGCUGCACAGUUCAAACAGCUCCUUGUUUCAGCCCUGAAGGAUCUGUUUGGGGAGGUUGAUGCUGCCUUACCUUUGGACAUCCUAACCUAUGAAGAGAAGACCUUGUCAGCCAUCUUGAGAAUAUGUAGCAGUGGUCUUGUCAAAUUAUGGAGCUCUUUGACCUUGUUAGGAUCUUAUAAAGGCAAGAAGUGUGCCUUCAGAGUAAUUCAGGUUUCUCCAUUUCUCCUUGCACUAUCUGGUAACAGUAGGGAGCUAGUAUUGGAAUAGUCUCCUGUUUCAGGAAUCCAGCAGAAUAUUUGAAGACUGAAACCAGCUGUAAAGUCCUUUCUGGGAUUUGAGGUGCUGAAG